AUGGCAAUAUUGAAGAAUGGCUUGAGCCUCUUUGCCCUUCUCGUGACACUUGUUGUAUUUAAAGCAUGGGACUGCAUCACAUUUCCAUGUCUGGUUUCAUCACCGGAACUUGAAGAGGAACAUUUUCUACCUCUCGUCAGACAAAGAAGAAAUGUGCUUCCAGACCAGUGGACUUACGUUGUUGACAUUGCAGUCAACAUCUCUGAUGCAGAAGCACUUGAGCAGGUCCGCGCUGCCUUGAACGCCACUAGUCUCCCUAUACGCGUUGAUAACAGCACGGAAAUCUCGGACAUCGGCAUCACAACAGUGUGUUCCUCAAACGGCUCCGGCUUCCAGUGCAGAUGUGAGGAAGGCUUUGCGUGGUCGUACAGCACCUGUGUUACAUAUGGAGCCUGCGAUCACACAUGGAGCAGCAUCUGUAACUGCAUCAAUGACAUUCCUGCUGACAGCCGGCCCUGUCAGCCAAUAUCAGAACUGCUAGAUCUCAACGAGUAUGAGGUGGAGCUGGAGCUGAGUGUGACGGAUGUUGAUGCAGUGGACCAUCUCAGGAGCCUCCUGAGCAACGGCAGCUUUUUCCUCACCCUGGGUCCCGCUGUGAACGUCACGAACAUCGACAUCACCACGGUGUGUUACCCAAAUGGCAGCAACUUCCAGUGCAUAUGUGAGGAUCAGUAUGUUUGGUCCUUUAACAACUGUGUUACCUAUGGAGCCUGCGAUGGGUCCGUCAAUGCCACGUGUGGAUGCAUCAACAGUCUUCCCGCCAGUGGACAGUACUGCCAGCCGAAGACAGUCGUGCAGCUGUAUGAAUACAUAGUUCAGGUGGAAAUCGGAGUCAACGAUAUCGAAGCGAUGGAGCAAUUGAGGGACGCUUUGGAGAGCAUGAGUUUCCCUGUUGAAGUAAACGACAUGAUUAACAUCACACAAAUUGACAUCAUAUUUAUUGUGCCUCCAAUCACAUAUGAAUACCAGAUUUUCAUCGAGGUGAACACUACAGAUGCAGAUCAGGUGAGAAACGCCCUGCAGAAUAUGAGCUUCCCGGUUCAAAUCAGCUCCCAGAUAAACAUCUCUGAUGCCAAUUUGACUACAGUUUGCAGUUACGAUGGCGGCGACGGUUUCCAGUGCAGCUGUGAGGACGACUACCUCUGGCCUUGCGACACAUGUGCCGCAUACGAACCAUGUGACAGGGACACAAACACCUGCAGAUGUGUCAGAGCUUUUCCCACGGAUGGACAUUACUGUCAACUGAUGCACAAUCAAACGUGUCCUUCGACAACAACAGCUCCUCCACUUGUUUAUGAAACCAUCAUUUCUUUUGAGUUACACAUCCCAGAUGCUGGCGUGUUGAACACGCUGAGGGCCAUUCUGAGCAACAUCACUUAUCCCAUCUACAUCAGUAACAGCAUACAGAUAUAUAGCAUCAACAUUUCCACAGUUUGUUCUCCAGACAGCGGUGGUUACCAGUGCAGAUGUGAGGAUCAGUAUCGUUGGUCAUGUGACCAGUGUUUAACGUAUGGACCCUGUGACAACAUCACUUCUGACACGUGUGGCUGCAUCGAAGGUCUUCCUCCUGAUGGACAGUACUGUCAGCAUGUUGACCAAUACAACUUUACGUCUUGUCCCGUCACAACACCCGCUCCAUCACCAACAACUUCUCCAGUUGUCCAUGAAUAUCUUCUGUUCAUUGAGCUGAACACCACAGAUGUUACAGUGAUAGAGCGACUGAGGAACAUCAGCUACCCGCUCAUCAUUAACAGCAUCAUCCAAGUCUCUGACAUCAACAUUACUACAGUUUGUUCUCCAGACAGCGGUGGUUACCAGUGCAGAUGUGAGGAUCAGUAUCGCUGGUCAUGUGACCAGUGUUUAACGUAUGGAUCCUGUGACAACAUCACUUCUGACACGUGUGGCUGCAUCGAUGGUCUUCCUCCUGAUGGACAGUACUGUCAGCAUGUUGACCAAUACAACUUUACGUCUUGUCCCGUCACAACACCCGCUCCAUCACCAACAACUUCUCCAAUUGUCCAUGAAUAUCUUCUGUUCAUUGAGCUGAACACCACAGAUGUUACAGUGAUAGAGCGACUGAGGAACAUCAGCUACCCGCUCAUCAUUAACAGCAACAUCCAAGUCUCUGACAUCAACAUUACUACAGUUUGUUCUCCAGACAGCGGUGGUUACCAGUGCAGAUGUGAGGAUCAGUAUCGUUGGUCAUGUGACCAGUGUUUAACGUAUGGAUCCUGUGACAACAUCACUUCUGACACGUGUGGCUGCAUCGAUGGUCUUCCUCCUGAUGGACAGUACUGUCAGCAUGUUGACCAAUACAACUUUACGUCUUGUCCCGUCACAACACCCGCUCCAUCACCAACAACUUCUCCAGUUGUCCAUGAAUAUCUUCUGUUCAUUGAGCUGAACACCACAGAUGUUACAGUGAUAGAGCGACUGAGGAACAUCAGCUACCCGCUCAUCAUUAACAGCAACAUCCAAGUCUCUGACAUCAACAUUACUACAGUUUGUUCUCCAGACAGCGGUGGUUACCAGUGCAGAUGUGAGGAUCAGUAUCGUUGGUCAUGUGACCAGUGUUUAAUGUAUGGAUCCUGUGACAACAUCACUUCUGACACGUGUGGCUGCAUCGAUGCUCUUCCUCCUGAUGGACAGUACUGUCAGCAUGUUGACCAAUACAACUUUACGUCUUGUCCCGUCACAACACCCGCUCCAUCACCAACAACUUCACCAGUUGUCCAUGAAUAUCUUCUGUUCAUUGAGCUGAACACCACAGAUGUUACAGUGAUGGAGCGACUGAGGAACAUCAGCUACCCGCUCAUCAUUAACAGCAACAUCCAAGUCUCUGACAUCAACAUUACUACAGUUUGUUCUCCAGACAGCGGUGGUUACCAGUGCAGAUGUGAGGAUCAGUAUCGUUGGUCAUGUGACCAGUGUUUAAUGUAUGGAUCCUGUGACAACAUCACUUCUGACACGUGUGGCUGCAUCGAUGCUCUUCCUCCUGAUGGACAGUACUGUCAGCAUGUUGACCAAUACAACUUUACGUCUUGUCCCGUCACAACACCCGCUCCAUCACCAACAACUUCUCCAGUUGUCCAUGAAUAUCUUCUGUUCAUUGAGCUGAACACCACAGAUGUUACAGUGAUAGAGCGACUGAGGAACAUCAGCUAUCCGCUCAUCAUUAACAGCAACAUCCAAGUCUCUGACGUCAACAUUACUACAGUUUGUUCUCCAGACAGCGGUGGUUACCAGUGCAGAUGUGAGGAUCAGUAUCGCUGGUCAUGUGACCGGUGUUUAACGUAUGGAUCCUGUGACAACAUCACUUCUGACACGUGUGGCUGCAUCUAUGGUCUUCCUCCUGAUGGACAGUACUGUCAGCCACUGACAGAUGUCUUGACUUGUCCAUCACCAACUCCUCCAAACGCCACCACUGCUGUAACAACACAAAACACCACAGGAACGCCAACACCAACAUCACCAACCAUAACUGAUUCCACACCCGGCAGUACCACACCCACAUCUGUACCAUCAACUGCAGUUACCAACUUGACAACCUCAACAGGGGUGAACACGACUGUUGUUUCAACAACACCAGCAGCACCAGUAACAAAUUCAACAACAGUUAUAACAAAUUCGUCGCCUGUUACAAAUGAUACAUUUAGUACCACUUCCCCCACCACAACUACUAAUACUAGUACAACCACCACUACACCAGUAGGCACAACUAGCCCUACAUCCCCCACUACAACAACUAAUCCCACUACUCCCACCACAACUGAUACCACUACUCCCACCACAACAACUAGUACCAGUACUAUCAUAAUUCCUCCUACACAAGUUAGCACAACCAGCACUACUACCCCCACCACAAUAACUAGUACCAGUACUCCCACCACAACUGAUACCACUACUCCCACCACAACAAUUAAUACCACUACUACCAUAACUUCUUCUACAUCAGUUAGCACAACUAGCGCUACUACCCCCACCACAACAACUAAUACCACUACUCCCACCACAACAACUAAUACCACAAUUCCUUCUACAUCAGUUAGCACUACUACCCCUACCACAUCCACUACUACUCCUGCUACAACAACUACUACACCUCCAACCACUACUACCACAACUCCCACCACCACAACAACUACUACACCUCCAACCACUACUACCACUACUCCCACAACAACUACUACAACUCCAACCACUACUACCACAACAACUACUACACCUCCAACCACUACGACCACUACUCCCACCACAACAACUACACCUACCACUACUACCACCACAACUACUACACCAACCACGACUCCCACAACAACUACUACACCAACCACUACUCCCACCACAACUACUACACCUCCAACCACUUCUACCACUACUCCCACCACAACUACUACACCAACCACUACGACCACUACUCCCACAACAACUACUACACCAACCACUACGACCACUACUCCCACAACAACUACUACACCAACCACUACUACCACUACUCCCACUACUCCCACAACAACUACUACACCAACCACUACUCCCACUACUCCCACAACAACUACUACACCAACCACUACGACCACUACUCCCACAACAACUACUACACCAACCACUACUACCACUACUCCCACAACAACUACUACACCAACCACUACUACCACUACUCCCACAACAACUACUACACCAACCACUACGACCACUACUCCCACAACAACUACUACACCAACCACUACUACCACUACUCCCACAACAACUACUACACCAACCACUACGACCACUACUCCCACAACAACUACUACACCAACCACUACAACCACUACUCCCACCACAACUACUACACCUCCAACCACUACUACGACCACUACUCCCACAACAACUACUACACCAACCACUACAACCACUACUCCCACCACAACUACUACACCUCCAACCACUACUACGACUCCUACCACUCCGGAAAGCACUUUACCACCCACAGGAUUUGAGGUGGAAAUGUCAAUGAGAUUAGACAUGGAAUAUUCAUCAGAAUUGAGUGAUCCAACAACUACCGAGUACAAGAAUUUAAAAUCAAGAAUUGAUUCAGUGUUAAAUGGGAAUUUUGACCAAAUCCCAGGAUAUCUUACUAGUUUUGUGAGGCGUUUCAGAGAAGGAAGUGUGAUCACAGACUUUGUUGUGGUGACAACACAAGUCAACUAUGAUAAAUUAUCAGCAGAAAACCAAAAACUCCCAGAUGCAAUGAGCUCCAUUGCUCCUGUCACUGGCUCCAUUUCUGCAUUUUUCAAAAGUUCAACCUCAUUCAGCAUUCCAGCCAUUACCUACACUGGUAGCAGCAUUUCCUUGAAGUGUGAGCCUCCCCUCAAUUUUGAUCUUGGAGAAAUUAGAAGUGCUGUGUGGAAAUUCAAAGGAAGGAAUAUUAACAAUGGUGGACGGUUUAAAAUAACUACAUCUGGUAGCAUGUCCAUGCUUGAAAUUACCAAUGUCAUCCGUGCUGAUAGCGGUUUUUACAGUUGCAUUCUGAGCAAAGGAACAAUGACUUUCCUCCAAGAAGGAUUUGUCUCAACAGACAAUAUCAAAGAUGCUCCAAUUGUGAGACUACAGCAGGAACUCAAUGUUAAAUGUAAUGUCGGAUUAAUACAGCCGCUUAAAUGCUGCGUGCAGCGUCCCUACAGAGUCAAGUGGUUUCAAGAUGGAGGCCAAUUAAUUUCAGUUCCUGUUGAUGAAGGAGAAUCCAACUGCAUCAAACACAAUUUCAAAAUAGAAACGUGCAGUGGGUCCAAUGUCAAGAAAACCUUUGUGUGUAGGGUAGAUAACCCUUCAAGUUAUAGAAUGACCAUGACCAUGAUCAUUUUCAUACAAGAUGUCACCUGUAACAAUGAGCAGUAUGGCACUGGGCGAGUAGGUGACAGAUCCACCAUAGAAUGUGAGGAAGGUCAAACUGGAAGCAAGACUGCGAUAUGUCAGGACACAGGAAAAUGGAAACUUGAGGAGGACACCUGCAUAAUUGUGGAAAUCGUCGAGUUAUUAAUUGAUUCAGAGGAUUUGAUUGUGGCGGAAGUUCCAGAAUUUGUAGCUAAUCUCAGUAGAACCAUGCAGAAGGAAGAAUCGGAAAUUACAAAUUCAACUGAAACCAUAGCAGCUGUUGUUAAUAUUUUAACCAAUGUUGCAAACACGGCUGAAACUGUCAGUGAAACAACCAUGCUGAAUAUUCUAGAAAGUGUUGAUGUCAUCAUUGGUGAAGAAACAAAAGAGUCCUGGCUUGUUCUGAAUGCAAACGAAACGAGGAAUGCCAGCUCACAGUUGUUGAGCAUUCUGGAGAGUCUCUCCAAUAGCUUGGUUGGGGAGUUUGCUCUGGAGACUUCAAGGAUCCUGCUCAACCGAACCACCUUUAAUGACAACUUCACAGCAGACCUGAACUCCAGCAUCUUCCUGAACAUUUCAAAUGUCGGUAUGAGCAACGUCUUCAUUACCACCAUCGUUCUGUCUACUCUUAAUAAUGUUAUGCCACCACGGAACUCCACCUGGGAUACCAACCUGUUCAAUGCCACCAGCAAUGAUACUUCAAGUGACAAUGCCGUCAAUGCCGCAGUGGUGCUUGUCAAAAUAAAUGCCAGUAGAACUGACAAUGUCCUCCUGAGCUACAACAAGCUGAACAGCUCCUUGACACUAAACCCACAGUGUGUCUUCUGGAACUUUACUCUCUUUGAUUCACUUGGAGCUUGGGAUGACAACGGGUGCACAUUUGUUUCUGACAUAGACAACAUAGUGACCUGCAGCUGUAACCACCUCACCUCCUUCUCAAUUCUCAUGGCAACAGACAUCCCUCCAUCACUGAGAGCAGCCUUAGAUAUAAUAACUUAUGUUGGAGUUGGGAUAUCGUUGGCAAGCUUGCUUAUAUGUCUGGUUAUUGAGGGAUGUGUUUGGAAAGCUCUUACCAGAAACAGCACCGCCUUCAUGCGGCACGUUUCCAUCAUUAACACUGCCCUGUCUCUGUUGAUUGCGGAUAUCUGUUUCAUCAUCGGAGCCUCUAUAGCUAAUAAUCCCCUUGAGAACCCAGGGGAGGACUACGUAAUUCCAAUCGGACCAUGUAGCGCGGCAACAUUUUUCAUGCACUUUUUCUACCUUGCUCUGUUUUUCUGGAUGCUUGUGUCAGGCCUUCUGCUUUUUUACCGGACAGUUAUGGUCUUUUCGUACAUGUCAAAGUCAGCCAUGUUGGCCAUUGGUUUCUGUGUGGGCUACGGCUGCCCUUUGAUUAUAUCUGUGGUAACUGUUGCCGUCACAGCACCAGGAGAAGGAUACAUCAGGAAAGAUGAAGCCUGUUGGCUGAACUGGUCCGAGACAAAGGCUCUCCUGGCCUUGGUGAUACCAGCCUUGACCAUUGUUUUCAUCAAUAUUUUGAUUGUAAUUGUUGUCUUGAUCAAAAUGUUAAGAAGAAGUAUUGGAGAAAAUGCCCCCGCAGAUGAAAAGCAUACACUGGUGGUCAUCGCAAGAUGUGUAAUCAUUUUGACUCCAUUAUUUGGACUGACAUGGUCUUUGGGAGUUGGAACGAUGGUAUCGUCAACAAAUGAAGGAAUCCACAUUGCCUUUGCGUUCUUCAAUUCGUUGCAGGGUUUCUUCAUUUUAGUAUUUGGGACACUACUUGAUUCAAAGAUACGUUCUAUUCUUGCAAGAAAGAUACCCAGAGCAGGAAGUGGCUCAAAUACAACAAGAAGCACAAGUGCUGGUGUUAACUCAUCAAGUGGAUCAAGUGUGAUAGGUCGACUAUUAGGAAGACGAUAUAUCUACCAUGUUUCACAAGCUGCAAACUCAAACACCAGUGGUGCAUCAGAGUCCUUCGUCAGUAUGAACACAUGAAAUGAUUCAAAACAUCUGUCGGAUGUGAACAUUGUCAGUACCACUGUAGAAACAAUCAGAAACUGGCUUAUGUUCAUGAUAUCAUCAAAGCUUAGAUAGUUGUGUAUAAAGAUGUUUGAAUGAAAAUCUCAGUAAUGAAAGUGAUAUAUAAACAAAUGUUUAGUGAAAAUGUCAUAAAUGAAACUGUGAAUUAUUAUUAGAAUUAUUUUUGUUAAACACUUGACAACUGCUGUGGGUUGUGUGUAAUCCUGCUAUUAUUUAUGUUAAAUACCACAAACGCAUGAGAGCCAGAGUAGUUUACAUGGAAAUUGCAGGAUUGGAAGCAUUUGGCAGUUAGUAAAUAGCUAAUAAUUACUGAAUAAGUCAGCUUACAUAAAUUGAAGGUACAGUAUGUAGUAAUUGGGGGAUCUAUUGAAAGAAAAGGAAUGCAAUUAUGAUUAUAUUAUAAUAUUAAUUAUAAUUAUGUCUGAAACUAUGAGUAGUUGUUACUUAGAAUGAGCCUGAUAUGGGGGCAGGUCCCUGUUGUUCUAGCUUUCAAAGUGGAUUUAUAGAUGUAUUAAUGUUAACUGAGGGCCACCAUAGUUUGACCUUCAACAUUCGGGGUGUAUUUAGAUGAUUUCCAUUUGCAACCUCAGUGCCUCCAAUUCUACCUACAGAACCUUGACUCCUCAAGUAAAAAGUAGCUAGAAUUUCACAAAGUGCACUAAUGACCCAGAUUUAUUCCGUGCUCCUUAACAAUUGCACAUUUUAUUCAAAAAGUAUUUAGUCAAAUAAUAAACCAUUGUUCAUCAUUUUGCAUCAUGAACAGACAUGAUCUUGAAAAAGGAAGCGAGAAUCAGCCAAAAAAAAGAUAUAUAUAAAUAAAAUGUACAACAAAAAACCUAAUACAUGUGCUAACUUUCAUCCGCAGGAAACAUCUAAAAUGUGUUUAUAUGAGGUUCAUCUGGUAAUAAGUCCUUCAGUUAUGCAUGUAAACUGAUUGAAAAAUGUUUUGGUUGCUCUUAACAAGCCCCUUGCACUUAUGCCCAAUACAUUAUAUUUUUGUUAAAUGGCUCAGAUUUUAAGUCGUCUUGCAAACUGUGGUCUGUAACUGAUAAUGUGUGGUCAGCUUAACAACAUCUCUGGAAACUUUGACAUCUUUGCUGCACUCAAAGACUGUAUAUAAAGAUGGAUGAGACAGAAGCUGCCAAAACCAAAAAGUGCAGCACCGAUCACAUCCCUUACGCCCAGUCAGAGACCGCCAAUGUACUUAAAUAAGUUACAAAAAUCUCAUAACUUUCAUCCUUGUUAAUUGUGUGUGUUGUGUUGUAUAGAGUGUGUCAGAUUUAAUGCAGAUGUAUUAUAUUUUAUUAUAUAAAUAUAUUUUUC